AUGUGCGAUGGAGAUGCUUUCAAACUCGCUUCCUCUUCUUUUUGGUGGAGAGAUAUUUUAAAGGUUAGUUGUAUUUCCUCUAAUCCUUUAGAUAUUGAUCCCAUAGUUUCGACUUGUAAUUUCAUUGUUGGAAAUGGUUAUAAUACCCCCUUUUGGGAAUCUUGUUGGUUGAAUAAUUGCUCUUUAAAGGAGACUUUUCCGGAUCUUUUUUUGACUUCUUCUUUGAAAAAAGUUUCGGUAGCGGUUAUGGGUGGGUGGAAUAAUGGUAGUUGGAAUUGGGGGGAUCUUGGUAUUUCGAUGGUGGGUAGGGACGCGGUCUUUUUAGAUUCUCUUUCGGUGUUGAAGAAUUUAUUGGACUCUUUUGGUAGUUUAAAUACUUCCAAAGAUUGUGUGGUUUGGUCUUUGGAUUUGGAAAAAGGAUACACGGUUGCUUCUUGUUAUGGUUUGUAUGCUUCUAGGCGUAUCCCUUAUGGACCUCCGACUAAGGGUGAGGAGGCCUUUAAUUUAUUGUGGAAAACGGAAGUUCCGUAUAAGAUUAAAGCGUUUGGUUGGAGGCUCUUUUUGAAUAGGUUACCUACCAAAGAUUCAUUGGCGCAUAGAGGUUUAGCUUUCACAAAUAAUAAUUUAAAUUGUAUUUUUUGUGAAGCUCAUGUGGAAGAGGUGGAUCAUCUAUUUUCUAAAUGCAUUGUGAUUAAUUUGGUUUGGAAUGAAAUUGCUUCGUGGGUGGGUUUUGCGGGUUGGAGGGAGGAAGAUUACACCUCUUUUUUUGUGGAUUGGCAUUCCUUGAGUCGUGGUAAAAAGCUUAAUAGCGGCAAAUUGGGGGUGCUUUGGUUAGCCACAGCUUGGAUUGUUUGGUUAACUAGGAAUGCUUUUUGUUUUAGGGAGGAAGUGUGGAACAUAAAUAAUAUGGUUUGGAGUAUCAAGUUCUUGGUUUGGAGGUGGUCUUCAUAUGACAAUAUUACAUAUUCCAAUUGUUGUUUUUACGAUUUUUACAAAGAUCCUUUGUAUUUUAUGUCGUAA